AUGGAUACUCUGGUGCAGACGCUCAGGCGCUUCGCAGUGGUGGAAGUGCUUGGUGUUAAGGUCGCUACAGAAGUCGAAGCGACUAUCGCAAACAUCCAAGAGAUCAAAAAUCACAUGAUUGAGAUCAUUCUGCCCAAGAUAGAAAGGGUUCUCGAUUGCACUCCGGAAGUCGCACAUGAAGAUCAACCUGCUGAGACUCGCACCUACAUUCACCAGCUGCAGGCUAAAUCCGACAUGAAGGAUCUUGUCAAAGUCUUGGGCAUGCUGUUUCGCCUAUGCGCGACUCUCGUUGGAACCAACCCCAAGUACCGAAGACACUACACACCAGCCCAGAUCGACCGGACCAUCAUGAUCUUGAGAUACCAUCUGGAACACGACAGCAUGAAGCACUGGCGAAAGACCACAACAGCUUUUGGUCAGAUGACCGAGUGUGACGUUCGCAGAGAUAAGCAUGAGAAUGUCUUUACCCCUGAAUGCGAUCACGCUUAUUGCUUCCCAUGUCUGAAUCAACUUUCCAAGCAAUUCAUCCGUCAGGAGUCCACGUUCCCCGUUUCCUGCUGCAACCAUGAAGUUUCCUACGGCCAAGUUCAGAAGGAGUCGGAACUUCAUGUCCGUAUUCAGUUCGCCGCAGCUCAAGAGGAGUACUCAAGGCAUCAUCCAUACAGAAAAAUUGGCAAUCCAUUGAUCUCUAUCUCGCGCGACCGAUCAUUGACCAAGAACUUCUCCCACACCAGCAUGACUGGUAUCAUUUCUUCGAUUGUUGCGACGAGUGUUGGCGCCGGCGACACUUCUACAGAUGCCGCGGUUGCUCAACACAGUCCCCUGCCAACCGGCAAAUGUACCAUGGGAGAUGCUGGCCUCGAGUCUCUUGCCAGAACUCAAGGAUGGCAAACCUGCAACCGCUGCAAAUCCGUGGUUCAACUGAGCAUGGGCUGCAACCAUGUCACCUGCCGUUGUGGCCAUCAGUUCUGCUAUGUAUGCGGCGCACCUUGGAAGACCUGUGGCUGCCAGCAGUGGUCAGAAAGAAACCUCCAGCAAAUCCUCGCUAUCCAGAACCGCGAGGAACCUCUUCCUGCUGGUGGCAUCUGUUGCGUUCGCCACGACUGGUGGAUCGAGCGUGGUCGUGCACCUUGCGGUGAAUGCGGUCGCCGUCGUCGUGCUCUGAGAUGCCGCAACUGCCCUUCGGUUACCUGCCGCGAGUGCAGAGACAGGGCCGGCGCCUUCGGUCUCUUGGGCAUCGGCGAACGAAAUCUUUCAAAGACGAGCACCGGCGACAAGCAUGUUUCCAUGGACAAAUGCAUUCUUCAAGCGAACCAUACUCCUUUUUCAACGACCAAUACGCGCCUUCAGCGAGCUCAGCCACGAGCCUUUUCCAGUGAUGCACCCAAGCUCUUUUCCAGCGACAGGCCCUUUUUUUCCAAUGACAGCCUUGUUGUCUUUUCAGCAACGGACACCUCGUUCGAAGAUGGACCUUUUCCUCGGCAAACGAGUUUCUUCUCAGUACCCGGCGUGCAUUUCAAGCAACUCCGGCAACCAGCAAAGUUUCCUUUUAUCACAAGCACUUUAAAUUCUUCUUCUUUCAGCUUCCAGCAAUCAGCAUUCAACGUCAGGAUGCUCUCUCAACCUCUUCCCUGGAAGCAACACACCUCCUUUUCGAGCAAUGACCUUCGCCUUUUCACUCCAGCGACAAACUCUGUCCGCAGCAUCCAACGCCUUCUUUCCGUUUAA